CAAAACCCCGCCUCACACGCCAGACGGCCCGAGCGCCGAUUGGCCAGCGAUUUCCCGCUUCCUUCUUCCCCUUUGACAACCCGCCAUUUUGAAACGUUGUUGAUUUUUAUUUUUUUUUCCUGGGGAAGAGUGAGCAACAGCCUCACGUCUGGUCCCGCCCUCCUCCUUAAGUCUCUACCAGCCGCUGCUCUUGUUACCUGAGGGGUGGUGUGUGUUUUUUUUCCUUUUAUCUUUUCUCUCUCUCUUUUUUAAGAAAUACCGUGGCUGUCCGCCAUCGCUGCUGCUGCUGCCACUUUCUCAGAAGUGCCCCGAGGUGCCCGUCUCGCGACGAGGUGGGUGUUCCGUUGCUCCCGGGAUAACGGUCGAAGGCGAGGUCCUAACGGCCUGGGUGGCGGUUUCGAACGCCCAGGAAGCGACGUUUGCCGCGCGCAGCCCGCUCUGUGGAAACGGUUAAGGCGGCAGGGAGCCUCCUUGCUCGGAGCCUGACAGGAUUUCUGUUCCCUCCGCCCGGCCUUGACGUCUCUUCAGCGUUUCCCGCCGGAAUCCUCUCGCCUGACAUUAUUGCCCUUGUGGGGGGCUUAACCGUUUACUUAUAGUGAGGGGCAGAUUGAACACGGAGGGGGAGGGAUGAGGGCUACCUCUCUUUCUCUGUCGUCUUCUGCCUCGGUCCCGAAAACCCCGGAGCUUAUCAAUGCUUAAGGAAGAGAUGGUUGGAGCAUGGAGUCACGUUUGUUUUGCCAGCGGGAUUCUUUCAAAAUGUUCCGUUUUGCUCGGAGUUUCUGUCGUGCUAAAGCAAAAGCCAACGGAAACCCAACAACAACAACCCUUAUUCCAAAAACGUCACUGCUUUAGUUUGUUUUAGGAAGAAGAAAGUACAGCAGUCCUAGAAAGACCAUCAUGAGUUUAUGUUCGGGUGCAUAAAGUGGUUUCCGUGUGCUGGUGGUUUUUUAUAGGUGUAUGUAAAAGUUUAAAUAGAAACUUCACAUAAUGGGGUGAAAAACAGUACAGUUACUGUCUGCUGCAUGUUUUGUUUUGACCUCUGGGUGGGCUUCAAAUAUUUUUGGUUGAAGUGGGGAUAUGAUCCAAGUUAGUGUUGGUGCAUGGAAACAUAAGACAGUUGUCAUUCUACUACAUACCUUAUUUAUGGGGCAUCAAAUUAUGCCAGCACCACACACUAUUAACAUAAUGUGUGAUCGUGUAGGAUAGCAGAUUUCCAAGUUGUUUGGAUUGUUUACCUCCUUCCUUUUGUGAAAUCUUGUUAAAAAGAAAUGCCUUGUUCUGUUUAAGUCACUUGGGACCUUUAUAACUAGGAAUCCAUGUUGAAACCCAAAGCUCAAAAUAAUUUAUGCAAAGUGUAUACAGUUUAUUUUCCAAGCACAUGUUCAGCUUGCAUGCUUUAGUCAGUGUCCAAUAUUUGCAUACUUCUGAACUUGGCCCCCAGAACUAUUUCACUGGAUUACAGGUAGUAAGUGUGGGUGUAAAAGCGUGCGAAGACCAUGAGGAAUAAGUAGCCAUACAGAUCACAGGAACUUGACUCUUUCCUUCUUCAGAUGCUGCCUGUAUUUUUAUGUCAUUAAAACUAGUUUUUAGAAAGUUUCUUUUUAACAAAGGAGGCUAUAGCUAGAUUUCUGUAAAAUUGCAGAGGAUUAAACACUGUUGUGUAUAAUAAGUUGUAUGGGGGAAAAUUCCUUCUCAGAAGAAGCAGUUGCUUACUCCCAACUUCCGUAAAUGUUUUUUCAUUUGUCCUUCAGCCCUAGCUUUUACUUUGCGGCAUAUUUAUUAGCCAUAUGUUGUAUCUGAUACAUAAGGCAGUUGAUGUAAACGUAUGUAAAACAGUCACACAACUGUUAAUAAUGUGGUAUAUGAGAACUUGCUGUUAAGGAGAAUUCCUUUCUAUGUUGCAAGAAUGAUGGAAGGGCACACGGUCAAAUGGUAUUUUAUAUCAAAGUCAUAUUGACAUUAUAUUUCCCCUGUGUUUUCAUGCAGAAGAACCAACCAUGUCAUCUGUAACUGAAAAAGAUGGUUCACUGUCUGCUGAACAAACAGAAGAAAGAGAACCGGAAACUGAGGACAAAGUUGAAGAUAGUGAAGAAGAGGAGGAGGACGAGGAGGAGGAGGAAAAAGGUAGAAAAACGCUAAUGUGAAGGAACACUAGAACUUGCACUAAGCUAAAUAUGUAGGUCAAGAUCAAAAAGCCUGUAUGUGCAGCAGGGCAUUUUAGAAAGCUCUCCAGAUGUAGUCCCUUGCCCCCAUCCAAGCAAAAACACUCUAGAAUGGAGUCCAACAUAAUGUGAAGAGCUGCAGCUGGAAAGAAAAGGCACUUUCCCCUCAAUGUCCAGGAUCAGAUGACACUGGAGAUGAAACAUUUUUAUGGAUGCAUUUAUGGAAAAUUAGUUAAAAACAAUCUUAGAGUAUUCUGUAAAAUUAUAUGCGCACUCAGUUUUUAAUAAUGAUAAUAAAAAAUGAUAGCUCUUCUAACUGAGAUCAAACUGUAACCUUCUGAGAAGAUGUUUGGGUUGCUUUUUCUCUAGUAAUUUAGAGCAUUAAUAAGUUAUGGGCAGCUCUGCAGAGAGUACAGAUGUGCUUGGGGCUCAAAAAAAGGUAGGAGAGCCAAGAAGUACAAGUAGGAUAAAGUGGACAGUUUUGUAUAGGUGGUGGAGAAUGAGCACUUCUUCACCUUGCUCUUCUUUUUAUAUAGGAACAGCCAUCUGUUUGUAUAAACUUUAUGUUGCAUGUGAGUAAGGUUUUAAACGCACCUAGGUUACAUGUUUUGUUUAUUUACUUGUAUAUUAGGCAAAAUGGUGAGUUUAGUAUUUGGAAAUCAAUAAUCUGGUUUGAUAGUCAUUUUACAGUCUUUAUACGUAUAUAUUACUGGAUUGUAAGCUUUAGAUAAUUAGAGUUUAAAUAGUUCUGUGUAUAAAUAAAGGUGACCUGGGCUGUUUCUCUUCCUCAUUGUGUUUUGCAUUAUUCCAGUUCUGGUGGUUACUUCCUUUGUUUCAGGGUUCAGAUACUGAAAAGUAUGAUGAGCGGCUUGCUGAUACUAUUCCUAUCUAGUUUCUCAAUUUUAAUUAGAAUCUGUGUAGACAUGUUUGUUCAUAGAGGGACUAGUUUUUUGAGGUCAAUACGUAUUUUAUUAACAUAUACUUUCUGUGGGAACUAGCAAAUAUUUCUUGUUAGUUGGAGAAUGAGGAAUGAAGUAGUGUCAGUCAGGUGUGUAUGUAAAGUCUCCUUUCCAGAGCCAAGCUUGAACACUUGUUCAUAAGUUGCCAUUACAACGCUUCUCAGUUACAAUCCUUCACAGCGCUUGGGGGAGGUUGCGUUUUCUUACGUGACUAGAGAAGGGCUGUUGUAGAUUUAUUUUAACAAGUAAAAUAAGUACAACAUUUAGUGAACCUUCAGAAAUAUUCCAGCCUGGAAUUCCCGGUUUCAGAGUGAAAAUUGCCACAGGUGUGGUGGCAGAUCUGUAGAUCUCCAUGGCAGAUCUGUAGUCCAACCCUAAUUUGCUACAGUUUUGGGUGUUCCCAGAAUGUUUCUUAGAAUAUUAAAUAUGUACUUUUGAUCUAUAGGUCUGUUUUUUCUAUAUGGUAACUAACUGUGUUUCAAAAUUUUAUAUAUAAUUGUCUAUUUCAGAAAAGAGUCUCAUUGUUGAAGGAAAAAGAGAGAAGAAAAAAGUAGAAAGAUUGACCAUGCAAGUUUCUUCAUUACAGAAAGAACCUUUUACAAUUACACCAGGCAAGUUAUUUUUUGCAUACUGUAUAUUGAACAUGAGUUAUCUUUACAUGUUUUUAAGUAGCAAGUACUUAGAACUCAUCUUGUUAUAAAUAAAAAUAAUAUCAAUUUUAUUAUUUAUAUGCCUCCCAUCUGAUUGGGUUGCAUUGGAGCCAUUAUAUCAAAAUGUUGAAAUUAUUGUCUAAAUUUAAUUCAACACUUGACUGCCUUUCAAGCAGAAGCAUGUUAGGUAAUCUUAAGGAGGACCCAUACAAUAAAUAUCCACAGCCCCUGUCAAAAAAUUAUACAACAAUACCAAUCAUUUAAAUAUAUAUGACUGAUAACUAUAACCACCUCAUAAGUGUAAUCUAGUAACUAUUAGUAAGCAUUAAUGUUGUUAAAUAGACUAAUGUAAUACAUUUUCCCUUUCAGGAAAGGGACAAAAACUUUGUGAAAUUGAAAGAAUACAGUACUUUUUAAGCAAGAAGAAAACAGAUGAACUUCGAAAUCUGCACAAACUUCUAUACAACAGACCAGGCACAGUAAGCUUAGAAAACACUAUCAAAUUUGUUUUGAAAAUGUCAUGAAAUAUAGAAUGGCCUUGUUUCUGAAGGCUGAGACUCUUUGAAGUCCUAAGAUGUAAAUAAAUUCCAUUUAAAUCAGUGGAGUGGGCUUUCCAAUAGCUGGUUUGUAUGUGAAGGGACGCAGGUGGCACUGUGGGUAAAACCUCAGUGCCUAGGACCUGCCGAUCGUAUGGUCGGCGGUUCAAAUCCCCGCGGCAGGGUGAGCUCCCGUCUUCGGUCCCAGCUCCUGCCCACCUAGCAGCUCGAAAGCACAAUUAAGUGCAAGUAGAUAAAUAGGUACUGCUUUAUAGCGGGAAGGUAAACGGCGUUUCCGUGUGCUGCGCUGGUGCCGGCUCGCCAGAGCAGCUUUGUCACGCUGGCCACGUGACCCGGAAGUGUCUCCGGACAUCGCUGGCCCCCAGCCUCUUAAGUGAGAUGCGCGCACAACCCUAGAGUUGGACACGACUGGCCUGUACGGGCAGGGGUACCUUUACCUUUACCUUUACGUGAAAACUACAUUUCCAGGCCUUACUUGUGCUUCCUGGAAUUAUUAAUUAUAUUAUCUUUUUUCUUUGAGCUUUUGACCCUAUACAAAGGGUAUUUGAAGCUCCCAUUUGUUCAAAAACAAUUUGCCAUGUGGUUGUUACAGUGGAAAUAAAGUGAAUCCAAAUAGCUCUUUGCCUUACAAAGCUAGAUGUAGUCAUUUGGAUCUUAUCCAGUUGACUUUGGAAUGGAGUCUUUAUACUUUAAUUUGUCCACACACCCCAUUUGCAUAUUCAUUUUUUUCUCAAUAAUCCUAAGAUUGAUAAAUGUAGAGUCUGCUGGUGCUAGAAGUUACUGGCACAAUCCUGUCUUUGCUCAGGGUCUUAAGCCUGUUUUUGAUUCUCACAUUCCAUCCUUGUUUUGUUUGAAAUUGCUGCUAAAACAAGUGGCCCUGUAACAAAAUAUUGCAUUGUGUAGUGCUCCUGUUCAGGGUUGCAGCCACAUCACUUUCCAGGAAACUCCAUUCUAUUCUCCCUCAGAUUUGCAUUCUUCUUCCACCACCACACCUCCCAGUGGUCAGCAUUCUAUGGUUACUGGGUUGUUUUGGAGUCUGCUUUUGCGCACACACACACACACGUUUGCAUGUAGACCUUGGUUUUCCCAAGCCUGCUGAUACCUCCCUCUUGGGCAUUAAUGAUACCAUUUUGACUACAUUAAAAUCUACAAGAAGAAUUAUUUCGCUAAGGGCUUUAUCCAGCACUGCACAUGUGGACUUCUGCUUCCACAAGGACACUUGAGCUUCCUUCCCUCCUGCACCCCCCUAAAAUCUGCUCUGGGUUGUCCUCCAACCCUCUGGAGCAGAUUUUAAGGCCAUGCAGGGGGAGAGAAGAAAUUGAACUUGUUGAAAUCAAGUUUGUUCUUCUCAUGCAUAGAAAGGGUUAUAUACAUAGGAAAUAAUAGGCUUUAUAAUAUACUUUGUCUAUUACUAUUCUAACAUUUUUAUUUGUAAAAUGCUUAAGCUUAUCUUGGUUAUGAAGAGCAAAAUUGCCUUAUGAACUGCUUUUUAGAUACUUUAAUUACCUGUAUAAUUUGUCAAUUGAAUCCAAAUCUGUCUAUAUAGAAAACAGCUUCUAUACAACAUAUUCGAUACAAACUUACCAAUAUUUCAGUACAUAUUUUUACUUAGUGUUGUUUUUUUAAAAAAAAUAGUGUACCUUUUGUUUCUCAUGAAUGUGAUUAUUUGCAGCAUGUAGCAGCUUGCUGUCUUACAGAAAUUGAGGGAGGUUCUUCCUGAAAAAUUCCUUAUCAAAUAAGGGUAUAUGAGCUAUUUUAACAUUUGCUCUUAUUUAUUUCAUACAUAAUUAGGUAGUUAUAUUCAAAGGUGAGCAAAAAUUUAUGUGCUAAUCUUGUAGCCUUGUUUAUAGGCUACAAAUUUGCAGUGCUCCUUCAGCGGCAACUUGAUGUUCACUGUGCUAUCUGGCUGAGCACCCUUUCCAGCUUUACCUUUGAAUUGAUUCCAUAAUUACCAUGUGUCAGAAGAUCACAACUGCCUCAACAAUGCAGGGUCACUUUCCUCUCUUUCCUUACUGUACUGCACUGUGGUCUUCAAAGAUAGGAAAGUGUUGCCUAGGUAACUGGAAGACUCUUCUGAAAAAUGGUGAUCAUUGCAGCUGCAAAUAGUCAGAGAAGCAACACAUUUGACGGUAGACUCAGUUUGUUUUUGGGAAAUGUUGCAUCCUGUUUCUCUUGAAUUUUCUAUCGACAAAAACUUGUUCUAAGCCCUAGUUGAACUGCUUUGGAUCAAGACCUGCCUGGUAUAAUGCAAAUACCGCUCUAAAAUGCAUGUUAUUGGUGUUCUGUUUUAGGUUGCUUCAUUAAAGAAGAAUGUGGGCCAGUUCAGUGGCUUUCCAUUUGAAAAAGGAAGUGACCAAUAUAAGAAAAAGGAAGAGAUGUUGAAAAAGUAACAUUUUAAAACUUUUUAGUAUGAUCAAGUUUCAUUAUUUAUGUUAAUACAUGCAUUUUAAAUCUUGAGCAGAGCAACUGCUUCAAGCCCUGUUUUCUAUUCCUGCACAUUUCAGUUAGUAACUUCAGUGUAUAAGUAUUCUAUUUCAAACCAUAUCCAUAAACAUUACUGAAGGAUAGUUUUAUAUUACACAUGUGAACAUUUUAUGUCUAAAAUGAAUGGGUUUACUGGUGCUGAAUUGUUUCUAAUUAACUACUUAGUUGAAGAUACAAGUGAGUAUCUUGUUCAAUAAAAUAUUGCUAUUUUCAUGCACAAACUUGAGGUAUGGUCUUGUGAAAUUUAAGCACAUAAAUAUUGGUGAUUUUUAUAAUAGUUGAGUUACACAUACUUAAUUUUCCCCCUUGAAAUGAAAAGCACUUAAACGUGCAUACCUUUGGCUAAAUUGUGCCCCCAACAUUUAAUUUAAACUUAAAAUUCUCUGCCACCUUAAUAUUUGUGCAGUACUUUUGUAGAACUUAAAUUUAUCCAAAAUAAAUUUGCAGUUAUAAACAGUAUACAAGGAAUACUGUAUUUUGUGAUGUGUUUUAAGAUAUUCAGAAUCUGUGGUUGGACAUGUGGCAAUGUCUUUUUCCUCCUGGCAGUUGGUAUUUCCAGUUUCCAUUAUAGUGCAAUUUCCAGCACUUCCCUCUAUGGAGAGGGCUAAGCUGCUACCAGUGUACUUAGGCUGACUUGUGGUAAAGAUGGCAACCCAUAGAAGCUGCCCUUCCUUCCAUUAUCACGCAGACUCUUCUAGACAAUGGUGGUAUAAUCAUGUUGGUAAAUAGGGGUUGAGUGUAACUUCUGAAGGGUGAAUUUUAUUCCUGAGGGCCUGCACAGGUUUCUCAGUUGUUGCACCAUUGAUCUUUGCGUAAACUAUAAAAGUUAUACUGUGGCUUCUUUCUACUGACAAAAAAUUGAGAAGGUGUUUAAAUAAAUGAAUCCCUAUACCCUUUGAACUCUAUCUUUGAAUUCUGUCCUUAGCUGUAAAAUAUUUCCUACCUGCCUGGUUGGUAUUUCUAGUUUUAUUAUAAGUACUGUUUUUAUAAGACAGGACAUGCAAUCAUUGAAGAAAUAUUGUCAAAAUGUCAAUUGCAUUUCUGUGGUUUGUUUAAUUGUUGUGAGUUGCCUUGAGUUUUGAAAAAAUCAAAAAGUGGAGUAUAAAUAAUAAAUUCAUCAAUUGUAUGCUUGUAAGAUAUAUUUGAAAGCGCAGGUAGUCAACUAAACUAUCUCUUUGCUCCUGUGUAUUAAGAUCAACUUUUAUCAGCUAUGUUUAAUAAAGGGUAUUUCUCUCUAGGUACAGAAACGCAAUGCUGAAAAGUAUAUGUGAAGUUCUUGAUUUGGAAAGAUCAGGAGUUAAUAGUGAACUGGUAGCCAGAAUCCUAAACUUCUUAAUGCAUCCAAAACCUUCAGGCAAGGUAAGACAAGAAAUAAUAAUGAAGCUAUAUUUAAAUAACAUUUAUCAUCUUUGUGGUGAUCAUGCUUUUUAUGUAGAGUUGCUAUUGCUGUCCCACGUCAAACAGUUGUUGAGUUUUGUGUGGCUUGCCCCACCAAAAAAUCGCAUGUAUGCUUUGCUUGAUUCAUAUAUGCUCUUGAAGAUGUAAGUAACAUGACUGCAAUUCUAUUAAGCCACUAGUGAACAUCUUAUUAGGUUCUUUAUUAUAUAUUAUAUAUUAUAUGUUAUAUGUUAUAUGUUGUUCUUGUGGAAAAUAAGAGAGAUGGAAGAAGGCAGUCAAAUAGAACAAAGGCAGAGCUCAAGGGGAAAAUGAACAGUAGCAUUCUCCUUACAAGGAGUACUACAAGAUCACUAGGUUUUGAUUGCAUGUUCGUAUCUCUUCUGAGGUUCUUUAUACAGAGACCAUGCCUAGCAGCUAUUAAACAUUUGUUACAGCUGAGGCCCUUUUAAAAACAAAUAUGCAAUUUCUAUUGAACGGUGUAUAUGAAAACACAAGUUUUCUUCCACGAGUUUUGAGAAUGAGGCAUUCAACCUGGAGUAAAAAGCUCAAUAACAAAUUAUGUUCUCAUUGCCUUACAGUAUUAGGCAAUAUUACCUAACAAUUUAUUAAAAAUGGAAAAGCGAUGUCUCUGAAUUUUGUGUUUCUGCUUCUCUGGAAAAGACAGACACCAACAGUCAGCGAGGCUGGCAUCUGAAAACAAACAAAGAAAAAGAUGUCUUUAUUUAUAGCACUGCCAGGAAUACUGCAAUAAGACUCUUCAAAUGGGGAGUGAAAUCCUUCCUGAGCUUGUCACUGCUUUCCAGAAUUUUCCUCUGGAACCACAUUUGUGGAAGGUAUCACCCAUAUAUUUGGCAUCAAACAUGGCUCCUGUCAUGGGAAACAAAAACUCAAUGGCAACAUUGCACUUGCCAGUCUUCCAUAUUCAAGCUGCUGAUUGAUAGCUAAAAUAAUAAGUGGAAUCUGCAAGAAAACAUUGGAAGUGCUGUUGUGCAAUUCCAUUCCCCCUCAUUGGGCUAUUUUGGGAGGAUGUUCCCCUACUAAAGAUCUUAAAAUGAAGGAUGGUAUAUAAAUAAACAACUUUAACCCCCCCCCCCCAUAAAAAAACUCAACAACUUUUGUGGCAACUCUAACUUAUGCAAACUUUGGAGUCCCUCCAGAUCUGCUAGUUCCUCCAUCUUCUACAGGUAUGAUACUGUUUUGGCUACAUAAGAAAUGGAACUCACAGUAUGACCAUCUUAAAUAGAGGAAAUACCUUCAAUUGAAUCAUUAUCCUUAAAUAAUACAUGUAUGUAAUGUCUAUAACUUCAUUCUAAAAGAAACCUGUAAUCUCAUGGUACCUUUUCAAAAUGACCAUAGUGAAGGAUAACACUUUGAAGGUGGUUAAGGUCUAAGCAAUUACUUAUCCCCCAUAAAGUCUUAUAAAUAAAUAGAUAGAGAGUUUUAAAACUAUUUUGUUGUUUGAAUUGCCUCAAUUUUCAAUAUUUAAUAGCCAUUGCCAAAAUCCAAGAAAACACCUAACAAAAGUGGGAAAAAGGAACGCAGUAGCUCUGGAACGGCACGGAAAGGCAAGCGCACUAAAUGUCCUGAGAUCCUGUCAGAUGAAUCCAGUAGUGAGGAAGAUGAAAAGAAAGAGAAAGAAGAAUCAUCUGAAGAAGAUAAAGAAAGUGAAGAGGAGGUAGGACCUAUUUGCAAACUAUCCAUGUUGAAGGCCAGCUACAGUAGGCUCUCUGAUUUGCUUAAAGGGCAUUGAGCUGGAGAUGAUAGGAUUAUAGAGAAAAAUAUUUUCAUUCCAUAGACCUAUUGACUUUUAAGUUAUUUGCUUAGUGAUCAACAGACUUAAACUUGAAAGUAGUGACUAGAUGCUGAUAAAGUACAAAGACUUGUUUGCUAGAGGUGUGGAUAGGAAUGUACCACAGGUUCAUUGUUCUUCGCAUAAUUACUUGUUAUUUUAGGGACAAAAAUGCUUGGUGCUCACCUCAAACAAAGGUACAGUUCUUAACAGAACUAGCUAACGCCUUUCAGCCUCACACCUUCAUCAUCCAUUGCAACCUUACAGUGACAGCAUACUAGCAAUGGGACACUGUCACUAUCUGCUGAUGGCUUUUUUGGGGGGGGGGGAUGACAAAAAAAUGGUUAGCAGGCCAAACUUAGCCAGUUCACCACCUUCACUAUAUAAUGCAAGGUAACUUUUUGUAUCCCUGCAAAAGCAGAAAGGCAUGUUCUCUUAAAAUGCAGGGGCAUUAUUAGACCUAGAGAGAAAUAAUGCAGUUACAAAUAGCUUGCAUGUGUAUUUUGGCUUUGCUGCAAAGAGUGCUUUCUAGCAAUAAACUAUGCUUUAGCAAGAAGCUUCAUAGUGUUAGGAGUGGUUUAUAUUGUAAUAGACUUUGAUGCUCUCUUUAUCACACCACAGCCACCUAAAAAGUCAUCCAAAAAAGAAAAACCCAAGCAAAAGACAGCUGUGAAAAGCAAAAAGGGCACAAAGAAUGCUUACGUCAAGAAAGCAGAUAGCAGCACAACCAAGAAGAAUCAGAACAAUUCUAAAAAAGGUGAACCUAUCUUUCUGGGGUCCUGCAAGCAGACAGGGACAAGAACAGAAGAGUAUAUACAAAUACAAUUAUACAUACUUACAUAAAGUGGGGGGGGGGCAUAAAGAUGCAUGCUUUGUAACAAAGACAGAAAAGUGAAUGGAAGAAUGUUUGACAGCAGGGCAUUGUGGUAGAAUGUUGGGAGGAGUGAGAGCAAGCGGCAGGUGAAGAGCGUCGGUUGAGAACAACAGUUUAAAAAGAGUGGCUGAAGAGACGAAAUGAGAGGAAACAAAUGGUUAGAGUUAGCAUGGCUUUUAAGGAGAAGAGAGUUUUGUUAAGAUAGGGCAUUAGAACUGAGCGUUCUAUAUUAAGCGGCUGCUUUUUCUAGGUAUUAUGUUCCCUAAUAUAUGUUUUAACUGCCUGUUCUGGUCUGGGUGGAUUUUAAGGUUAAUAUACAUCACCCUUCAUACCUUGUGUGCAUGCACUUAAUCAUAGAAAGCCUGGACUCAGUAGAGUAGCUAAGUGAUUGAUUUAGUGACCUCCCUGGCUUUGUAGGGACCCCAGGGAGGAGGUAGGUGGCAGCAAUGGUGAAAUGGCCAAUGGUUUUAAGGGAGCAGGAGACCUUUAGUGGUAGGUAGGUAGAGUUGGGAGAUCAAAGGUAACAAAUAGGGGAUAUGCUGGGAUAUGUGAGCAGAGAGAAGGGAAACCACAACCCCAUAAAUAGUUUUUGAAACUUCUCUCCAUUUCCAAAGAAGCUUGCUAGCUGGUCUUGGCAGCUGUCAUUUGAGAAGCCCAAGUUCAAAAGUGCUUGAACACAACUAAGUCAUUCAGUUUUUUGGUCCAGGUGAAAAUGUUUAAUUGGAAAGAAAUCAUUAUCCACAUUUUAAUUGAAAAAUAUCUUUACAUUUAGAAAGUGAGUCAGAGGAUAGUUCGGAUGAUGAGCCUUUAAUUAAAAAGUUGAAAAAGCCACCUACAGAUGAAGAGCUGAAAGAAACAGUGAAGAAGCUUCUGGCAAAUGCAAACCUAGAGGAAGUUACAAUGAAACAAAUUUGUAAAGAGGUACAGAUUUAUGACAUUAGUUUUCCACUUUCGUUGUUUUGCUUGCAGUUUACAGCAGUAAUGUGGGUUUUUCUGGAAAGUUUUCCUUUGCAAAUUAGGGAAAUUUGGAAAACUCCCUGUGGCCCUAAAGCAGGAAUGAGGAACCUUUUUCAGCAUAAGGGCCAUAUUCCGAGUGGGGAACCUUCUGGGGGCCACUUGCCAGCGGUGGAUGGUGCAACAGAUGUAAUUUUAUAUUUGUACAAAAGUAUAGGGUACAGUCUGUCCAAAGAAAAUUCAAAGGUUUCUGCUCAUAUAUCUUGAUCCAGGCAAGCAAGGGACAUUAUAACAUUUCAAGGACACAUUCAAAAAAACUGGAGGAAGAUGUGGUCUGGGGAGAGUAAAUUGGAGAUACCUGGGGAGUGAUCUCAUUUGCCAUGUUAGUUUUCCUUGUACAGUGGUACCUCGGGUUACAGACGCUUCAGGUUACAGACUCCGCUAACCCAGAAAUGGUACCUCGGGUUAAGAAUUUUGCUUCAGGAUGAGAACAGAAAUCGCGUGGCAGUGGCACAGCGGCAGCAGGAGGCCCCAUUAGCUAAAGUGGUGCUUCAGGUUAAGAACAGUUUCAGGUUAAAAAUGGACCUCCAGAACGAAUUAAGUUCUUAACCCGAGGUACCACUGUACUGCAUUUUAUAUAGACACGAAACUGCCAACCUUGCCUAAUGUUGAUUUGCAGUUGGUAUCCAUUAAUUGCUACUUUCACAUUGUUAAUUAUCUGAAGAAAGAUGAAGCGGUGAAGAUUUGUCUCCCCCUCCCCCCCAUCACUGGUUUGCAGUUAGAAACCUUUAGAGUCAAAUGUAAAAAUGCAUGCACAUUUCAUAGAUUCUUAUGCUUUCUUGUUGGUGCAGGAAGAAGCAAGUGAACUCAGUUUAUGCUGUCUGUUUUCCUAGGGGGCAGUCAUAAUCCCAUUAUCACAGUAUGGUAUAAUUAUACUAAACGUAGUAAAAUAUAUUUAGGUUAACCCCUGAAAGAUAACUAGCAUAGGUCCCAUGUCACCCCCUAGUUUCUCCAGAGCCUGCUUUGCCUCCAAGGGCUCAGGGCAGGGCAAUAAACAAUCCCUAUUCUGUCCUUGCAAAAAAACUGUGAAGGUUAGACUGAAAAACUGUGAGUGAUCUAAGGGUUCUUCAAGGUGGAUCAGAGAACUGACUCUGGGUCUUCUUAGUCCUAAUUUUGACACAAAAGCGUCUAUUUGGAUAUUAUAUCUACCUUUUAUACCUCCCUUGCAAUAUCAAAAGUAAAGGGAGAUGCUUCAAUUUAAUAAACAAGCAAUCUCUCCAUUCUGGUACUCACAUUUAAAUUGCAAAAGUUAUACAGUGGUACCUCAGGUUAAGUACUUAAUUUGUUCUGAAGGUGUGUUCUUAACCUGAAACUGUUCUUAACCUGAAGCACCACUUUAGCUAAUGGGGCCUCCUGCUGCUGCCGCGCCGCCGGAGCCCGAUUUCUGUUCUUUUCCUGAAGCAAAGUUCUUAACCUGAAGCACUAUUUCUGGGUUAGAGGAGUGUGUAACCUGAAGCGUGUGUAACCUGAAGCGUAUGUAACCCGAAGUACCACUGUAUUAGACACUUCUACAUGCAUAGUGAGAGUCAGGUUAGAGAACAGAAAUAUUUGCAAGUAAGUAUAAGUCUUUAUGUUAUGUUGGAAAAGUGGAGUGGAGUCAGACAUGACAUAUAAAGGAUAUGGUUAACUAUGCUUUGAAUAUUUGACUUCUGUGGUGCAAACUGGGGGAGGGAACAAUUUUAAUGAGGCUUUAAAAAGCAGCCUCCCCAAAUGCAGUAGUCCCAAUCCAGAUUCUUACCUUUUAAAAACUAAUGAGAUACUGUUUGUGGUACAACCAGUUUGACCCUUAGUCAUUGGGAGAAUGUUUGGAAUGUACUAUUUGACUUACCUUUGUGUUAAAUUGGUUGUUACAGGUGUAUGAAAGCUAUCCCAGUUAUGACUUGUCUGACAGAAAAGUCUUCAUCAAAAAGACUGUGAAAGAGGUAAAUACUUGAUCAAUGAAAUAUCAUGUGAUGAUCCAAAUAUUAAAAGCUGCUCUUUAGAUUUGGAAAUGUUGGGUACCUAGGAAGAUCUCAGUUCCUGAAAUUCCACCCAAAGUUUACUCAUUUAUUAUGCUUAGUUUCAACUCAAUAAAUUUAAAGUAACUUUAAGAUAGUCCCCCUUAUCUAACGUUUCACAGUGUACCCUUAAAGGCCUGUAGUCCAUCCUUAGCCAUAUUUACUUGGAAGUAAGUCCCAUCAAUUCCCCUGGAACUUCCUUCCAAGCAAGCUGUUAGAAUGGCAGCCCUAGCAAUGUGUUUGUGGGAAGUGGGAUUUACAAAGUAGGUUAAAGAUUAAAAGUACACAAACUCUUCUCUUUUUAGCUCAUUUCAUGAUCUAAUGGGAAGAAAACGAAUGCUGCAGACUUGUUCCCGUGGAUUUAAAUAUUUUACAAACACCAGCAAAACCUUUUUUUAAUUUUUGUUUUGUUUCGCCCUUUUGGGUGGGCAUAACAUAGUAUUUAGUCAGGGAUGAUUCUACUGGCUUAAUGUUCUGAGUGUUAAUGGAAAUUACUUUAACUUUUAAAAAUUGCAUUUAAUGCAGUUCUUAGGUUUUUGCAUGGCCAUCAAUGUUCCCUGCUUUUACUUUGUACAUCAUGGAAUUUCUUUGUACAAGCAGAUUUAAUAUAGCUAUUGUAGGUUUUAGUGCAUUGUAAUGCAGAGAAUUUUUAAAAAAUCAGUUGAUACGAAAACUGUUGUAUCUGUAUGUACACAUGCUAAGACUGUCAAAUACUGCAGUAUUGGGCAUUACUUUUAAUUUGAAUACAUACCAUUCAUUCAGGAAGAAGUCACAUGUCCUGAUCAUGAAUGCUCUAAAUUAUGUUAUACUAUCUUGCAUGUGUAAGAUAUCUGAGAAUUGUGAAGAGCAUAGUAACUUGCAAAUUGUUAUUUUUGUACUUUUAAAAGUGUUCUGUUUGUAUAUAUAUGCUUAAAAACAGGUUGUCGGUUUUUUUAAAAAAAUCAGUGUGUUUUAGAAGAUUUAUGACCAGUGUCAGUGUUCAGGAAUGAGGCUGAAAUUAAUUAGGAAACAAGUUUAACUAGCAUUUAAAAAGAUGGUGUUUCUUGCCUUAUAAGGGAAUAAUUGCACUCAUAUUUUUCAGUGUUUAACUUGCUAGAGUGGACUACAGCUAAUUUUGUUCCAAAGGCUUGACAUGAUACCCUACACCAAAGGGUGACAAACCUCUACCCUGUUGGUCUAAUUAGGUCCAGCAGGGGACUGCUUCCAAAUUAUGCCCACUUGCCCAGCCCCACACAUAACUGAUGUCAAGUGGGAGGCAGGUAAAGGUGUAGCCUUCACUUUGAAGUACAUUUCCCAACAGUUCUAUUGAGCCUACAUACUAAAUAAAUCCAUAGGAAAAACCAAAACAGCUUUGAGAAUUGCAGUAAGUAUAAGAAUCUUCUCUGAAGGUAUGUGAGCUAAGUUCAUAUGCAAUUUUUGGUGUUCAGCUGUUCUAGAAUCCCUCUAAAAUCAAGCUCCCUUAUGGUAAGGAAUAACUUAACGAUCUUUGUGGUAUCCACUGGACAGGUUUCCUGUGUCUGUAUCCAAAAUUAGGCUAUGUUGAUAAAUGAAUAGGUGUUUAAAUGUAUUAAUAGACACCUGCUGCUUUGAUUCAGUGUAAGCUUUGAAAUUUAAAACCUCAGUUUUGCAAACAAUUGUUCAUGAAGUUUUAUUUAAUGAAAAGUUUCAUGAAACCUUUUGUUAAUGUGCACACAUGAUCAUGACUUAAAGCUCUCAAUAAAUGCCAAACAAGUAUGUGUCAUAAUGUGAAAUGUAACUAGCCCCCUCCAUUACUGUAUUGAUUAUAAGUUCUGCUAAUGUAUUGUUCAGGAGUCAAAAGUCACAGACCUAUGUUCUGAAACUAGUCGGCAACUAGUAAGUUGAUCAAUCUAUCAUUUUUACUGCUUUCUUUGCAUGUGAUCCUUUAUAUUAAGGCUGAGUGUAACUAAGUUUUGUAUUCAAUAAAUGUCUUUAAGAAAAAUGUAUAUUUUGAUAUUUUAAUACAUGUACAGU